AAUAAUAAUUCAUAACCAAACUUUGAAGCAAAUAAAUUCAAUUUAAAAUGUGUUUCCCUUCUCUACACUCUUUGGGCAAAGAGGUACCUCACGCAACAAGUCAUGUACAACUAUAUAUAUGAACCAAAAAAUAAAAUAAAAUAAAAAAACAAUAUAGAUAGGCAAAAAGAGUACCCCAAACACCAAAGCAAAGCACCUCAAAAAGUUAAACCCCACCCACAAUUUUUAUUCUCUAACAUCAUUAAAAAAUAAAAAAAUAAAUAAAUAAAGAUUUCUUGUUAUAUAUUCAUCUACCUAAAAGAAAAGCAAAACACAAACAUUUUCUUUAAUUUCCAAAAAUGGGUUUUUGUUUAUCAAAAUUCAAAAAAUCUAGAGACAUUCCAAUAUCUUCACUAGACCCUCCACCCCAAUCUCACCACCACCACCCACCUCCUCAUCCUCCUCCAGCCGCCGCCGUACCACCACCGCCGCCGCCGCCCCCACAUCUCAACAUCGGACCUAUUCUCCGAAAGCCAUACAUCGACAUAACAACUCUAUACGACCUCCACCAAGAACUCGGCCGAGGCCAAUUCGGAAUCACUCAUCUAUGCACGGAAAAAUCGACCGGUUUAAGUUACGCGUGCAAGUCCAUAUCGAGACGAAAGCUCGUCACGGAAAAAGAUAUCGACGACGUCAGAAGGGAAAUCAUGAUCCUGCAGCAUUUGACCGGUCAACCCAACAUAGUCGAGUUUAAAGGGGCGUACGAGGACAAGAAGAACCUGCAUUUGGUUAUGGAGUUGUGCUUCGGUGGAGAGCUUUUCGAUAGGAUUACGGCGAAAGGGAGCUACUCGGAAAAAGAGGCGGCGAUAAUCGGGAGACAAAUCGUUAACGUUGUUCACGUUUGUCAUUUCAUGGGAGUUAUGCAUAGGGAUCUCAAGCCCGAGAAUUUCUUGAUGGUGAGUAAAGACGACGAUUCGAAUUUGAAGGCUACCGAUUUCGGCCUCUCGGUUUUCAUCGAGCCAGGAAAAUUGUAUAGAGAUAUUGUCGGGAGUGCUUAUUACGUGGCACCAGAAGUAUUACGAAGAAAUUAUGGCAAGGAGAUAGAUGUGUGGAGUGCUGGAGUCAUAUUAUACAUACUCUUAAGUGGAUUUCCUCCCUUUUGGGCUGAGACGGAGAAAGGCAUAUUUGAAGAAAUAUUGAAGGGUCAUCUAGAUCUUCAAACAUCGCCAUGGCCUUCCAUCUCAAACGGGGCAAAGGAUCUAAUCAAGAAAAUGUUGACCCUAGAUCAAAAGAAACGAAUCACUGCUGCUGAAGCUCUUGAGCAUCCAUGGUUGAAGAAAGAUGGUGAAGCAUCCGAUGAACCGAUUGAUAGUGCCGUUUUAAUCAGGAUGAAGCAAUUUAGGGCAAUGAACAAGCUGAAAAAACUAGCUCUCAAGGUUAUUGCAGAAAAUAUGUCAGAAGAAGAAAUUAAAGGAUUGAGACAAAUGUUCAAUAAUAUGGAUACUGAUGGAAGUGGUACGAUCACUUAUGAAGAACUCCGGACGGGAUUAUCUAAGUUAGGAUCCAAGCUUAGUGAAUCAGAAAUUCAACAACUAAUGGAAGCUGCUGAUGUUGACAAGAAUGGAACCAUCGACUACAUCGAAUUUAUCACCGCAACCAUGCAUCGGCAUAGGUUGGAUAAAGAAGAGAAUUUAUACAAGGCAUUUCAAUAUUUCGACAAGGAUAAUAGCGGAUUUAUUACAAGAGAUGAAUUGAGACAAGCCAUGACACAAUAUGGAAUCGGAGAUGAAGAAACAAUUGACGAGGUUCUCGAUGAUGUCGACAUUGACAAAGAUGGGAGAAUAAAUUACGAUGAAUUCAAGGCUAUGAUGAAAAAAGGAACGUUGGACUUUGCCGAACAAUUAAAGAUGGGUUGAUUAAUGUUGUUUGAGAAAAUUAUAAUUUGU